AUGACGGGCGGGUUUGGUGUUGGCGUCGAAGUCAUGGCUGCUGCUGUUAGCGGCGGCGGCAAGUGGCCGCACUUGCCGCCAAACGUGAUGGAGCAUAUUUUCAGUUACCUGGAUCUGACCACGGCUCGCAAUUGCACACUGGUGUGCAAGUACUGGCACGCGCUGCUCAGCGACGAAAACAAUGACGUGUGGAGGCUACACUGCGCGCGCAAGCUGGCCGACGCGGCACUCAAGUCUGACCUGUUGUGGAGUGUGCCCAGCUGCAAGGCGAAGUUACGCGCCUUCUACCACGCGUGGGACCCGCGCGAGUGCUCGCGCAAUAUCUACAUCAAGCCGAACGGUUUCACAUUGCACCGAAACCCGGUGGCGCAGAGUACGGACGCUGCCAAAGGCAAGCGUGGCUUUGCCGAGGGCCGCCACUGCUGGGAAGUCUGGUGGGAAGGGCCGCUCGGCACCGUUGCUGUAGUUGGCAUCGCGACACGGGAGGCACCCCUCCAGUGUCCCGGCUACGUGGCCUUGCUCGGCUCCAACGCACACUCCUGGGGUUGGAACCUGGUUGACAACCACCUGCUGCACAAUGGCGACUGCCAGGGCAACUACCCGUUGCUCAACAAUGCACCCAAGUACCAGGUGGGCGAACGACUGCGAGUGAUCCUAGAUUGCGAAGACAAUACGCUUGCAUUUGAACGCAACUACCAAUUCCUUGGAGUGGCUUUCAGGGGUCUGCCUGACAAAACGCUCUACCCGGCCAUCUCUGCUGUCUACGGUAACACUGAGGUCUCUAUGGUGUAUUUGGGCCGACCGCUGGACGGGUGACGCUGUCCCCAGGGAUUUGUUGCGAGCUGACAUCUGCAAGCAUACCUCGCCUGCUGGAGCAAGGGUGCAUCCUGUGCCUGGGUAGAGAGCUGUGGUCAGUCUGCAGGCACAGCCUCGUCAACCAGAAGACAGCGUACCUGCAGUUGCAUCAGUGUAUGCUUGAAAAAGGUAGACUCUGCAAUAUGGCAAAACCAUUCUACCUGAAGCAUCAUGUGCUUGCUAAGCAGAAUGUGCUUAGCACUGUGCUUAGCACAUAGUUAAAUUGUGCAACCUAUGGAUCACCCAUACCUCGGCAGGCACAUAUCACUUGGCAUGUCUGUGGUGGCUGACAGCGGCUAUACUGUUGCGAUGCGAGAAGGAGGUUGCGAGUUUCAUUCCCGGUCACGGCAUCCGCAUUCUGAUGGUGACAAAAUGCAAGAACGCUCGUGUACUUCUAUAUAGAUGCACGUUAGAGAACCUCGAGUGGUCAAAACUGAUCUGUAGCCCUCCACUGCGGUGCCCCUCAUGACUUACUGUGCAGUUUCGAAACAUUAAACCCAAUAAUUUAAUUUUAAUGCUCACCUACAUUUCAGUCUUCAGUCUUGAAUGGCUCUUACAGCAUUGUAGGGAACUAUCAAGACGGAGGGAAGAAACUUUGUACAUGCACAGCACACAGAGCUUUGUCUUGCAUUUUCGUAUGCUUUAUCUUCAAAGAACUGUGACCAUCACCACAGCUAUUGGCGCUUAGUUACAAGACUGCUAAGGCAUUUCAGUACUUGUAACCUGUGUCUUUGUGUAGCACACCUUUGCUCAGUCACCCAACUCUGGCUGUAGGCAACUCCUGCAGCAGCAGAGGUGUCUAGUCAUUUCAUUGUAUGGAAAGAGACUAUUAAACAUGGUUUUCACCA